AUGCAGGGACAGGGAGUGGCGAAAGAGAAAGCAAGUAGAGUGUAUCAGACUGCCACAGGAAGCUGGUUGAAUGUAGAGCAGCUCGCUGGGAUUGACUUCAGGUACGGAGUGGAAGCGCAAAUGGCGAGUUGGCCUGGAGAUAACACGGAAAGCUCGGGCGCGUGGCCUGAAAGCUCCGUUCCGCCUGGGCCACUUCUGAAACCUCGACUGCAUCCUCCGUCUUGUUCGUCGGCAAUGACGGCGAAUUACUGA